GGCGCAUCGUCUUGUUUCUGCCCACUGUCGGCCCCGCAAUUCAUUCGAGUGUUUGGAUGUGUCCGCGUGAGACGUGCACUCCGCGUGAAGAGUGUCCGAGACCGUGUGACCAGCGCUGACCGCGGGACAGCAGUCGAAACGGACAAUGUGGGCCGCCGGACUCAGCGCGUGCCCUCAGUGAUUCGCUUGCUUGCUUGCGGACGACCGUGGACAUGAGGGCCGUGGGCCUGUUGGUGGGCCUCCUUUUGGGCCUGGCGUCGGCUGAGCUUCUGAGCGAAGCUCGCAUCUCGGAGCACCCGACGGACAUGUCAGUGACCUACGGCACUCAACUCGAGUUCAUGUGCAUCGGCACGGGCAUCCCUGCGCCUGCCAUCAAGUGGUUCAAAAACGGCGAACCGGUCGAGGACGACGCAGCGUUCGCUUCGUUCAGCAUGUACGUGCGGUCGGUGCUGAGGUUGAACGCCUCGGAAAGUGCCAACUACACCUGUCAAGCGCAGAACCAGCAUGGCGAGAAAAUCUCGGUGGACACGCAGACCUUUUUCGUCAACGUCACGAGACCAAUCACAGUGAAAAGGCCCCUGCCGCCACCUCGUGGCUACUGUGCUCCGUACAAUGGCAAAAUUUGCAAAAACUUCCUUAACGGUACCGGCAUGGCUUGGUACAACAUCAGCCACGACAAUUCUGGCGGAUGGCUCAAUGAAGAAAUCACUACUGGGCUCUGGGGCGAGAUGAUUGAUAAUCUGAAAGAGCCAUGUCGGAGUGCUGCAGAGAAACUGCUGUGUACGUACGCGUUCCCGCAGUGCCAGAUCCACGAGGGCUACCCAGUGGGGCUGCCCCUGUGUCGCGAGGACUGCGUGGCCGUCAAGGACCUCUUCUGCUACAACGACUGGGCGCUCAUCGAGGACAACAAGCAGCGUGGCGUCUUUUUCAAGUCCAGGGGCCACUUUAUCCUGCCUGAGUGCUCCUCCCUGCCGAGUUUUAAGGACUCAGAGAGAUGCUCGCACGCGGGGCUGACAGUGGUGCAGCAGGACCAAGUUACAACCGAGUGCGUGCGCGGACGUGGCCGCUUUUAUAUGGGAACAAUGAACGUGACCAAGGAUGGCAUCGCGUGCCAGCGGUGGGACUCGCAGGAGCCGCACUCGCACAACCGGCCGCCGGAGGUGUUUCCCGAGGUGCAGGACGCCGACAACUUCUGCCGCAACGCCGGUGGAGAGGAGCCCAGCCCCUGGUGCUACACCAUGGACCCCACCAUCCGCUGGCAGCACUGCGACAUCCCUAUCUGUGAUAACGCAACAGAAAUAACCAAAGUGGAGUACGAGGACAAGCGAACGAUGAGCCUGGACUCGCUUAUGACAACCAAAUUCAUUUCUGUGGUGGCCGCCCUGUCGCUGACUGGCCUGGUGGUGUUUGUACUGCUGUUGACACUUUGCUUGCGCAUUUACAAGCAGCGCACCGGCUACAAUCCAACCAACACGCACGAGGCGCCCAACAACCAGCAGCUGACACAAGAGACCGACAUUGAUUUGGACAAAUUGCCGAGCAACAUGGCCUAUCAUAGAACAGGCGCGCAGCUCAACCCUAAAUUGGAGAAGCUGGAGUUCCCAAGGAACGAUAUCAUUUACAUCAGGGACUUGGGCCAGGGUGCUUUUGGCAGAGUGUUUCAGGCAAAAGCUCCUGGAUUGGUAAAAGGCGAGGAGUUCACGCUGGUGGCGGUGAAGAUGCUGAAGGAAGAGGCCAACGACGACCUGAUGGAAGACUUUGAGCGCGAGGCUUGCUUGCUGUCCGAGUUCGAGCACCCCAACAUCGUGAAGCUGCUGGGCGUGUGUGCCGUCGGCCGGCCCAUGUGUCUUCUUUUUGAGUACAUGGGCCGCGGCGACCUAAACGAGUUCCUCCGAUCGUGUUCACCGAGCAACUACAUUGUUCGCAGCUCUGAAGGCGACGGCGACCACUUCAAAGAUGUGCAACUUAACCACUUAGACCUGAUCAAUACCGCCAGGCAAAUAGCAAGCGGGAUGGUGUAUCUGUCCGACCGGAAAUUCGUGCAUCGCGACCUGGCCACCAGAAACUGUCUGAUCGACGACGACAUGGUGGUCAAGAUUGCUGACUUUGGCCUCUCGCAGAAAAUCUACCUUCAGGACUACUACAAAGGAGACGAGCACGAUGCCAUUCCUAUCAGGUGGAUGCCACUCGAGUCCAUCCUUUACAAUAAGUACACGGUUGAGUCGGACGUGUGGGCGUUCGGUGUGUGCCUGUGGGAGAUUUUCUCGUUCGCGCUUCAGCCAUACUACGGCAUGACCCACGAGGAGGUGGUCAAGUACAUCAAAGAGGGCAACGUGCUGCACUGUCCAGACAACACGCCCAAGCCCGUGUAUGAGCUGAUGAAAAUGUGCUGGCACCGAAAGCCGGCCGGCAGACCGCCCUUCCGCGUCAUCUAUCGCACCCUGGACGCUCUCCAGACAGAACUGGAGCGCGCCUUCAGCUACCGCUACCCACCCAGGGUCAACGUCUGAGUCGUGUGCAGUUAACCGUGGCCAAUUACCUCAACAAGUCUCUUUUUCGUGCAUUUAUUUUUCAGAUCGACUUCGUUUUUACUUCUUUAAAAUUUUCGUGACUGAACGAGUGGGGUAUUUUAUUACAUUUCAUUUUCUAUGAUCUUACGACUCUCAGAGGGAGUUCCGGUAAAUGAAAGAAACAGCUGGCAAUGCUAGUCAAUAAGGUUGCCAUGAGAUAUAUAUUAUCCUUCGGAUCCUUCGUUCGCGUUCAAUUUUUAACUCUGCUCUCUGUGCUAUAUUUGUGUUAGGUUGUGCAACGCUAGUUGACAGUUAAUUGGCAGCUCUGAACUGAAUCUCGAAACAUGAUAAUUUUGGAAUCUCGCUCCAAAGUGAACACUCAUAUAUUCUUGUAUCUCUGUGUUGAUUGUGAUUUCGCUCUAUAUAUGUGUCAAAUUCAAAUCGCUGCAUUUAUAUUAACGAUAUUAAACACUUUAGUCAGACACGCAACUACUUACUGCCUUACCUUGCAAAGGGUGUGCCAUAUUUGCACACGAUUCUCUUAUUUUUACUUUGCAAUUAAUCUACCACGCGCAGUCUAUUUAAUUUUUACUCUUGUGUAUUUUUUGUUACUCAAGUGAAUGGGAACACGUUGUGCGUACUGAAUGUGAUUUGUAAAUAUAAUCUCAUGUGCAUUUCUGUAAAAUUACGUGUAUGGAGUGUGUAAAAGUUAAAAUCGCAAAUUGUGUCGCUGCACACCUGAUUAUUAAUGUGCGCGCGAAGGCGAAAAAGUAACCAUAUCAAACAAUUGUCAGUCGAUUUUGAUUCCGUGUCCGCGCAGCGUAAAUAAAAAGUAGGCAAUAUAUUUGCAUUCUCUUACACGCAUCGCCGUUAAAACAAAAAAUGUGUAGAUCGAAUGACUGAUUGUCUCUCAUUACACAACACGCAGCAUCGCACUUUUGUACAACUCGCAGAAACCCAUCUCACAACCUGAAAUUAAUCGAAACGGAAAGUAAUAAUGGAUUAAUAGGUCAUUUAUUGUAAAUUGGAGAGUAAACUGAAUAAAAUCUCUGUUGCUCUUUUUGAAUAA